UUUUAAACAAACUUCGAGUCGACAUAGUCAAUAAAAAAAAAAAAAAAAAAAACUCUCUCUACUAUGGCGACGGCGAUGGCGACUUUCUAGGGUUUCAUGGUUUCUCAAGGUUGGGAUCCCGGAGAUCUAUGGCUUCAUAGAGAAUAUCGGAAGGUUUUAAGUGGUUAUCGAAGAGCAAAUCUUCAUCUUUAUGAAAGUUGCAGUGGUGGAUGGAAGCAGAAAGAUCUUAUGGAGACUUGGAAAGUCACUGUAAGGAAAUAUCUUAUGGAUUCUCGGAGGAUAUUAUGGAGACUUGGAAAGUCCAGGAAGGCAAGGCAAGGCGAUUCGACGAGAUCUUUGACUCUAUCCCGUCGAGGGGAAGUUUCCGCACGCAUCUCUCAAUCGCGAGAUUGCGGUCGUAUGAUUCUCGUUCCCAUUAAAACGAAAUCGCAAGAUCUAGGAAAUGGGAAUCAUAGUGUAGAGGAGGAUGUAAUGGAUCUUGAUGAAAAUCGGAUUGAUGUAGAUGGCAAUGAAAAGGUCAUUAGUGGUGAUGAGGAGUUUAUAGUUAUCAUCGGCUUCAAAGAUUUGUGGUGCGAGUGUUUGGUCAGCUUCAGUGUUUUUAUUUUUGUUUUUUCAAUAAGCUCUGUGAGCAUAUCAUUUUGUAGUACUGAUGAGGUCUCUUGGCUUUAUUUUGGCCUUUUGUUUCUGGUAUGUCUUCAUGUUAAGGUUCUGAAUUGGAAUAAAUUUGGUUUCUUUGGUUUUUAUUUCACUUGUGUGCUGGCUCUGUUGGGAAGAAAUGUCUGGUUUCUUUGGCAUAAUGUAUGUAGUACACAAAAGUGGAGGAUCACUGGUUACUAUCUGAUACUUUGGAGUAUAUUGAAUGGGAGGUUUGAAGUUAUGUGGUUUAGUUGUACUCAUUCGCGGCUUUGGAUUAUUUUGGCUGGCCUAUUUACAGCUAUACAAUCAAUCUCUUUGGUCUCAUUAAACCAAACAAAGAGAGUAGAUCAGAACUUGGAAAAGAGGUUCGGGAACCCUUUAAUGGUGUCGCAGACUGAUGAUUGUAUGGUAAUAAGGUUUGAUGUGAGGAGAAGGGUUCUUCAAACCCUUUACCGACCUCAACCAAACCAUGAUAUUUUUAUGGAUCAGUCUGACACGGAAGUCAAGCUAUGGUGGCAGGUUGUGGUUUUUGGUUUUUCUAUCUUUCAAACAUUAAUAAACUCUAUGAGUAUGUUGUUUCCCUUUGUUCUUGUGGCUUUUUGGUUGUGUAUCAGUAUUGGCCUCUCUUUGUUUGCUUGUAAUGACCAUGGAUUAUGGUAUUGGAAUAAAAUAAUUGGAUCGGAAUUUUUAAGGGAAGCAAAGGUGUUUGGUCAAAGACAUAUCAUCGGCAGGAUGGUUUUACUUUGGUAUAAGGACCUUGACUGGGAUUUUUGGAUUAUAUGGACAAAAAGGGCAAGUGCUAGACAACAACCAAGGUAUGGAAUAUGGCUUUGUCAAAUGGUGAUUCAGAAUAUUGGUAUGGUACAAAGACAGGGAUUAAAAGUCACAGGUGACACACAAGUGAUUUCAAACUUGGUUGGGUCGCUAAGACGUGUUAAUAGUGUUGUGAACAAUUGGGUUUAUAUUGGUAUUAUGGCUGGUUUUGUUUUUCGAAUGGUUAUAGGCAAAGGUGACUGCGUAAGAGCUAUUAUUCACACUUCGUAUACAUUACGACUACGGGAUGGGCAGACAGAAUUUUUAUAUUGCUGGAAUUGCUGGAAUCUUAAUUUAUUUUUAUUUUUAAUGGAGACAGGAAGGAUACAAAGCUGGGAUUGGAUUACAUUACAAAGGAGUUGGCUUUUGGUUUUAGGAUUGGGGAUUCAUAGGAGUUCUUUAUCUCCACAACUAUCAGCUCCGGAGAGCUUAAUAUUAUUUUUUUAUGAAAAUAUUUAGCUGGAAUUGCCGCGG